AUGCCUUUUCUUUAUCGUCUCUCAUCUCAACAUUCUUUAUCAAUUAAAAAACUUCGUCAUGCUCUCCAACUGGUGGUAACAAAACAUACAUCACUUCGUACAUCACUCAUUUUCGAUACAGAAAAGAGUCUACUCAUGCAACGAAUCAUUGACUACAGUGGUAGUGACAAUCAACUAUUUGCAUUUAUCGAAAACACUAUUAAUACAGAUGAACAGCUUAAUGAUAUCAUACAAGAAGAAGAACGUAAUCCUCAAUUCUUUGAUCUUACUUACGGACUUGUUUUUCGAUGUCAUAUUAUUCACUAUGAACAAAUCUCUUUAAAUGAUCGUCUUUCUGAGAAAGAUGUAUUAGUUUUCAAUUUUCAUCACGCUCUAUUUGAUUUUCAAUCGAUGAACAUCUUUCUUCAUGAUCUUAAUCAAGCUUAUACUACAGGUCAAUUAUCCAAUGACGACAACAAUACAUUACGAUAUCUUGAUUAUUCUGUCAUUGAGCAACAAAUGCCAAUGACUGAUGCAAGUAUGUUUUGGCUUGAUACUCUUCAUGAUUGUAAUCUCAAUCAGUUUUUAUCAUUACCAUUUGAUCGAUAUCGUCUUUCGAAUGAAUAUCGAACUGAUCGAAGAAUAACUUUCUCUUUUAAUUUUGAUCUCGAUCUUUCAUAUCAAUUGGUUACUUAUUCAUCAUCAAAUAACAUGUCACUUCAACAUAUGAUACUCGCAACUUACUAUGCCUUCUUAUUCAAAUUAACGAAUGGAGAAAGAGAUUUAUGUAUUGGAAUGAACAUCAAUAAUCGAUACAAAGCUGAACUCAAAUCAAUGAUUGGAUUAUUUGAGAAUAUCAUUCCAUUAAGAUGUCAAUUAGAUCCUUAUUGGUCCUUCAAUCAACUAAUUGAACAUAUUUAUGACAUUGAAAUAAAUGCUUUGAAAUAUUCUUAUUAUCCACUUGAACGUAUUCUUGAUCAACAUCCGAAUGUUGAAAAUCCUGCGUUUUUCAACAUUUUCUUCGGUUUUCAAUUAAAUGAAAAUGAUAAUAAUAAGAAUGAAGUGAUGAUCGGUGAUGCUCGACUUCAUCUAAUCUCUAAUUCUCUCAAUAGAAAUAGAGUUGAAAUGAUGAAUAAAAUGGAUUUCUCAGUUCUAGUAGAAUAUGAUUUGAAUAUAAAUCAAUUCUCAUGCACAAUCAAUGCAUCACUCGACUUGUUCAAUAUUGAAACAGUUGAUAAAAUUGGACAACGAUUUCAUUUUAUGUUAAAUCAACUAUUUCAUGUGAAAGAUAAUCAACUGGAGAAGUCGGUUUAUGAAUUAUCGUUAAUAUUAUCGGAUGAAAGAAUAGUGUUGGAAUCUAUAAAUAAUACAAAGAUUAUAUUUCCUUCUGUCUCCUGUAUUCAUCAUGAAUUCGUUUGUCAAGUUAUGAAAUAUCCACAAAAACUAGCUGUUGAACUUGAUGAUCAAUCUUUGACGUAUUCUGAACUCCUGUAUUAUAUUCAAGUGUUGUCUUUAGACAUCUUGCAUAAAUAUUAUAUUGUUCCAGGUGAAAUUAUUUGUCAAUGUGUUGACAGAAGUUUAUUGACGGUGAUUGGUAUUAUGGCAAUUGAAAUGGUUGGUGGUGUUUAUUGCUCAUUAUCAGCUCGAGAUCCAGAACGUCGUUUACAUACACUGAUAGAAGAAAUCCAAAGUCGUCUUGUUCUUGUUCAUCAUUUGACAAAAACUAUGUUUAAUGCUGAUACUAUAUCACUUGAUAUUGAUUCAGUGUUGAUUAACAAUGUAGUGAAUGGUAAUAUUGAUAUCGACAGACUAUCGAACACCGGAAUAAUCGUUAGAACUAUUGCUUAUGUCACCUUCACAAGUGGCUCAACUGGAAAACCCAAAGUGGUUCCAGUACAUCUUGAAGGUUUUAUAAACUACUUCUAUUCAUUAAUUAACAUAGAUGCUUUAAAUAAAAAUGACAUUGUGUUGCAGCUUGCUGCUUCCACAUUUGAUAUACAUAUACUAGAAAUUCUUGCAUCUCUUUUUUCCGGAGCCACUGUAAUAAUGCUGCAUCCGGAUGGUAACAUGGACUUUGCAUAUCUCGAUUAUGUGCUACGCAGUAAAGAAGUUACACAUUUGAUGGCUGUCCCUACGUUCCUCAAGUAUUUAUGUGAUUUCAUCCUGGAGAAAAAUCUUAGCCCGUUGAAGUCAAUACGAAAUGUUUCCUACGGGGGUGAACCUGUUUCAGCCACAUCGGUCAUUUUAUUAAAGCACCAUGUUAUUGAAUCUUGUCGCAUUUGGAAUCUCUGUGGUCCGUCUGAAGCGUCAUAUGGAAUCACAUAUCAUCUAGUUGAGAAAAAUUUCGGUACGAAUAAUAUUCCUAUUGGCAUGCCAUUUCCUAAUUGCAUAUGUUUAAUCAUGGAUGAAUUCUUACAAUCUGUUGCCAUCGGUCAAGAAGGUGAAUUACUUAUCGGUGGUGUAGAUUCCAUCAUCGAACAACAAAUGCCAAUGACUGAUGCAAGUAUGUUUUGGCUUGAUACUCUUCAUGGUUGUAAUCUCAACCAGUCUUUAUCAUUACCAUUUGAUCGAUAUCGUCUUUCGAAUGAAUAUCGAGCUGAUCGAAGAAUAACUGUCUCUUUUAAUUUUGAUCUCGAUCUUUCAUAUCACCUGGUUACUUAUUCAUCAUUGAAUAACAUGUCACUUCAACAUAUUAUACUCGCAACUUAUUAUGCCUUCUUAUACAAAUUAACGAAUGGAGAAAGUGAUUUAUGCAUUGGAAUGAACAUCAAUAAUCGAUACAAACCUGAAAUCAAAUCAAUCAUUGGAUUUUUUGAGAAUAUCAUUCCAUUAAGAUGUCAAUUAGAUUCUUAUUGGUCCUUCUAUCAACUAAUUGAACAUAUUUGUGACAUUGAAAUAAAUGCUUUGAAAUAUUCUUAUUAUCCACUUGAACGUAUUCUUGAUCAACAUCCGAAUGUUAAAAAUCCUGCAUUUCUCGACAUUUUCUUCGGCUUUCAAUUAAAUGAAAAUGAUUAUAGCAAGAACGAAGUAAUGAUUGGUGAUGCUCGACUUCAUCUAAUCUCUAUUUCUCUCAAUAGAAAUAAAGUUGAAAUGAUGAAUAAAUUAGAUUUCUCCGUUCUAGUAGAAUAUAAUGUGAAUAUGAAUCAAUUCUCGUGCACAAUCAAUGCAUCACGUGACUUGUUCAACAUUGACACAGUUGAUAAGAUUGGACAACGAUUUCAUUUUAUGUUAGAACAACUAUUUCAUGUGAAAGAUAAUCAGCUGAAGAAGUCGGUUUAUGAAUUAUCGUUAAUAUUAUCGGACGAAAGAAUAGUGUUGGAAUCUAUGAAUAACACAAAGAUUAUAUUUCCUUCUGUCUCUUGUAUUCAUCAUGAAUUCGUCUGUCAAGUUAUGAAAUAUCCACAAAAACUAGCUGUUGAACUUGAUGAUCAAUCUUUGACAUAUUCUGAACUACUAUAUUAUGCUCAAGUGUUGUCUUUAGACAUCUUGCAUAAAUAUGAUGUUGUUCCAGGUGAAAUUAUUUGUCAAUGUGUUGACAGAAGUUUAGUGACGGUGAUUGGUAUUAUGGCAAUUGAAAUGGUUGGUGGUGUUUAUUGUUCAUUGCCAGCUCGAGAUCCGGAACGUCGUUUACAUGUACUUAUAGAAGAAAUCCAAAGUCGUCUUGUUCUUGUUCAUCAUUUGACAAAAGCUAUAUUUAAUGCUGAUACUAUAUCACUUGAUAUUGAUUCAGUGUUGAUUAACAAUGAAGUGAAGGGUAGUAUUGAUAUCGACAGACUAUCGAACACCGGAAUAAUCGCUAGAACUAUUGCUUAUGUUACCUUCACAAGUGGCUCAACUGGAAAGCCCAAAUUGGUUCCAGUACACCUUGAAGGUUUUAUAAACUACAUCCAUUCAUUAAUCAACAUAGAUGCUUUAAAUAAAAAUGACAUUGUGUUGCAACUUGCUGCUUCCACGUUUGAUAUACAUAUACUAGAAAUUCUAGCAUCUCUUUUUUGCGGAGCCACUGUAAUUAUGUUGCAUCCGGAUGGUAACAUGGACUUUGCAUAUCUCGAUUAUGUGCUACACAGUAAAGAAGUUACACAUUUGGAGGCUGUGCCUACAUUCCUCAAGUAUUUUUGUGAUUUCAUCCAGGAGAACAAUUUUAAUCCGUUGAUGUCAACAAUACGAAAUGUAUGCUACGGGGGUGAACCUGUUUCAGCCACAUCGGUCACUUUAUUGAAGAACCAUGUUAUUGAAUCUUGUCGCAUUUGGAAUCUCUGUGGUCCGUCUGAAGCGUCAUAUGGAAUCACAUAUCAUCUAGUUGAGAAAAAUUUCGGUAUGAAUAAUAUUCCUAUUGGCACGCCAUUUCCUAAUUGCAUAUGUUUAAUCAUGGAUGAAUUCUUACAAUCUGUUGCCAUCGGUCAAGAAGGUGAAUUACUUAUCGGUGGUGUAGGUAAAUUUUGUGGAUAUCUCGGUCGUGAUGAUUUGACAAUGAAAGUACUUACCAAUAUCAAUGGCGAAAGAUUUUAUCGAACAGGUGACCUUGUUAAAGUUGAUAAAAACGGCUGUAUGCAUUAUAUCUGUCGAAAAGAUUUUCAAAUUAAAUUGCAUGGGCAACGAAUUGAAUUAGAAGAAAUUGAACGAUGUCUGCUUGAUACAUCGAUUUAUGGUUGUGUUGUGACCAAAUCGGGUGAUGAUCAUUUGAUCGCUUAUAUUGAAAAAAGUACUGAUAUUAAUGAAUAUCAACUACGUGAACAUUGCCAAUUAAAUCUACCAUCACAUAUGAUUCCAUCAUUUUUUAUCAUACUUGACAAAUUCCCUUUGAAUGCAAAUGGAAAGGUCGAUCGAAAACGUCUUCCAUCACCUGGCUCUUCUCAUCUACCAUCAACACUUCUCUCAGAUCCUGAUCAAAUAUUACAACCAACAAAUAAAAUUCAAGCCAUCAUUCAUCAACUUUGGUGUGAUUUAUUAGAACAACAACAAAUCUCAAUUGAUACAAAUAUCUUUACUAUUGGUGGACAUUCUCUUAUACUCAUGCAGCUUUUAUAUCGAUACAAAAGUCGAUUUCAUUUAGAAACAAAUAGUCUUUCAAUUCGUGAACUUUUUCAGUCUCCAACAAUUCUUAACCAUGCUCAACUUAUUCAUCAAACUACGAAUAAUACUACUCAAAACAUAAAUGAUAAUAUUUGGUCUUCAUUGUACCUCACUAAAGCUCGAGCAUCAUUUGCUCAAGAACGCGUAAUUUUGGAUGAACAAAUUCGUUUUUCAUCUAAAACAACGAUGAAUAAUCUGUAUCUUAUUCCAUUACUGUAUCGUAUAUCAUCUGUUGAAAGUCAUGCAUUAAUUAGUCGACUACGUCGAACACUGCUAGCUGUUGUAAGAGCGCAUCCGAUUUUAUGUACAGCAGUUGAUUUUAAUACAAAUGGUAAACUAAUACAGUAUCGUAGUGAUAUUGAUGAUCACCAAUCUUUUGGCUUCACAGUAACAGAACUUCAUAAUGACAAUGAAUUGGAUGAUAAGAUUGAAGAAAUUAUGAGGGACUCGGACUUGUUUGAUUUGGAAAAAGGCAGGGUUAUGCAUUGCCAUAUUAUUCGACAACAUCACCGUCAUCAUUUGACAUCGCAGAAUGAUGACCUGUUGACAUCUGAUGAUUUGUUAGUUAUUUGUCUUCAUCAUUCUGCGAUAGAUGGAUAUUCAAUACCACUGUUAUUAUGUGAUUUAUCUAAUGCUUAUAGAAACGACUGUUCAUUACCUAUGAAUGAGAAUACAUUGCAAUACAUUGAUUAUUCUGUACAUGAACGUCUGAUAGAUAUGACAGCAUCGCGCAAGUUUUGGCAUUCACAACUCGAAGGAUAUAAUUUCGAACGACGCUUACCAUUGCCAUUCGAUCGAUGCCGUUUAUCGACUGAGCAUCAUUCAACAGCUGGCGUUACAAAUGAGAUUAUUUUUGAUGAUGCCGAUACUACGACAGAAUUUCUUACAUUUGCAUCCGUGCAUCAAGUUACACUUUAUCAGUUAGCGUUAGCUACUUUUUAUGCAUUUUUAUUCAAACUAAUUCAUGGUGAAAGUGAUAUAUGCAUUGCUUCUUUAGAUGCCAAUCGUUACAAACCUGAAUUACAGAAUAUGAUCGGAAUGUUUGUUGCAACAUUACCCUAUCGUGUACAAGUUGAUUCUCAGUGGUCAUUUAAAGAACUUGUGAAGCAUGUGCAACAAAAAUACACAUCAAUUUGUGAACAUACCCAUUAUCCAUUGCAAGAUAUUCUUGCUGAUUUUCAUCACAAUCAGUUAAACACAUCUUUUCUUCGAACAUUUUUCGAAUUUAACACCGAAAAAGGAGAAUUAGAUCAAUUAAACUUGUUGGAUACAAGUUUAGAGAAAGUAUCUCUUCCAAUUUCAUCGUUUCAAUCCGCUCUAUUUGAUUUCGAAGUAAUUUUUUUAUACGAUUCAGCAUUAAAUAGUGGAAAAUUAUCAUGUCUUGUGAAUUUUUCACUUGAUUGCUUUAAUGAAACUACAAUAAAGACAAUAACAAAACGAUUUGAACAUUUUUAUUCGCAGUUAUUUACGAUAAAUUCCAACAGUAUCACUACCAAUGCAUAUCUUUCACCUAUUAGGGAACUAUCUGCUAUAUUGCCAGAAGAGCUUAAAGAAAUACAAGGAGCAAUGUUUCAUAGAUUAUCUGGUAUUACCAAUAAAGCGCCAAUAUCAUAUGCCCAAACUCGUCUGUUGUUGAACAGACAAAGACAUUUUCAUCCUGAUCACUUAUACGCUGGUAUCUUUAAUUUACCUUAUACAUAUCGAUGUUCAUCAAGUGACACUUUGUCAAUUAUUCAGCUUCAAAAAUCAUUACAACAACUGGUAUACAAACAUCAAUCACUUCGUACAUCGCUCGUAUUUGAUACAGAAAGCAAUAUUCUUACGCAACAAAUCAUUGAUAUGAACAAUAAUGACAAUAACAAAUUGUUUGCAUUUGUUGAAAGCAUUUUUGAAGCAAAUGAAGAAUUAAAUCAGAUUAUUUACAAUGAAAAGUAUAAUUCUGAACUUUUCAACCUUUCUCAAGGUCAAGUGUUUCGGUGUCGUGCUGUUUAUUAUAAGCAAAUUCCUACAAAUUUCCUAAUUUCUGACAAAGAUAUAAUUAUUUUCAAUUUUCAUCCUGCUUUUUUUGAUCUGCAAUCAAUGAACAUAUUUCUCCAUGAUCUUAAUCGAGCAUACUUUACAAAUGAACUGUCAUGCGAUGAUGAUAAUAAUCUACGCUAUCUCGAUUAUGCUAUCACUGAAAGACAAAUGCCAAUGACUGAUGCGAGUAUGUUUUGGCUUGAUACACUUCAUGGUUAUAAUUUGGAUCAGUCAUUAUCAUUACCAUUUGAUCGAUGUCUUCUUCCAAAUGAACAUCGAACAUACCGUGGAAUAUAUGUAUCUUUUGAUUUUAACAAAGAUCUUUCGAAUCAUUUUAUUAAUUAUAGUUCAUCAAAUGGUAUUAUGCCUAUAAACGUAGCACUAACUAUCUACUAUAUCUUUUUGUUCAAAUUGACUAAUAGAGAAAGAGAUUUAUGUAUUGGAAUGAAUACGGAUAUUCGGUGGAAAGAAGAGUUAAAGACAGUCAUCGGGUUGUUUGAGAAUAUCAUUCCAUUGCGAUGUAAGCUGAAUCCUCAUUGGUCUUUGCAUCAACUUAUAACGUAUGUUCAAGAAAUGAUAACAAACAGUUUAGAGUAUUCUUAUUUUCCGCUUCAACGUAUUCUUCAUAAAAAUCUGCACAUUUCAAAAUGUUCAUUUCUCGAUAUAUUCUUCAAUUUUCGAGUUAAUGAAAACAAAACAAUGAUUAGAGAUGUUCAACAUUGUGUUGUGCCUGUGUCAUACCAGAUUAAUACAGAUGAAAUCAUGACUGAUUUCAAGUUUGGUGUUGAUAUUUAUCAUGAUCCCAAUAUUAAUCAACUUUCAUGCACAAUUAAUGCAUCGCUUGAUUUAUUUGAUGUAGAAACAGUUGUGCAGAUUGCACAGCGAUUUCAUUCAAUAAUAGAACAAGUAUNAGAUGCCAAUCGUUACAAACCUGAAUUACAGAAUAUGAUCGGAAUGUUUGUUGCAACAUUACCCUAUCGUGUACAAGUUGAUUCUCAGUGGUCAUUUAAAGAACUUGUCAAGCAUGUGCAACAAAAAUACACAUCAAUUUGUGAACAUACUCAUUAUCCAUUGCAAGAUAUUCUUGCUGAUUUUCAUCACAAUCAGUUAAACACAUCUUUUCUUCAAACAUUUUUCGAAUUUAAUACCGAAAAGGGAGAAUUAGAUCAAUUAAACUUGUUGGAUACAAGUUUAGACAAAGUGUCUCUUCCAAUUUCAUCGUUUCAAUACGCUAUAUUUGAUUUCGAAGUAAUUUUUUUAUACGAUUCAACAUUAGAUAGUGGAAAAUUAUCAUGUCUUAUGAAUUUUUCACUUGAUUGCUUUAAUGAAACUACAUUAAAGACAAUAACAAAACGAUUUGAACAGUUUUAUUCGCAAUUAUUUACGAUAAAUUCCAACAGUAUCACUACCAAUGAAUAUCUUUUACCUAUUAGGGAACUAUCUAUUAUACUGCCAGAAGAACUUGAAGAAAUACAAGGAGCAAUGUUUUAUAGAUUAUCUGGUAUUGUCAAUAAAGCACCAAUAUCAUAUGCCCAAUCCCGUCUGUUGUUAAACAAACAAAGACAUUUUGAUCUUCAUCACUCAUACGCUGGUAUCCUUAAUUUGCCUUAUACAUAUCGAUGUUCAUCAAGUGACACUUUGUCAAUUAUUCAAUUGCAAAAAUCAUUGCAACAGCUUGUAUACAAACAUCAAUCACUUCGUACAUCACUCGUAUUUCAUAAAGAAAACAAUAUUUUUAUGCAACAAAUCAUUGAUAUGAACAAGAAUGACAAUGACAAAUUGUUUGCAUUUGUUGAAAGCACUUUUGAAGCAAAUGAACAAUUAAAUCAGAUUAUUCACAAUGAAAAAUAUAAUUCUCAACUUUUCAACCUUUCUCAAGGCCAAGUGUUUCGCUGUCAUGUUGUUUAUUACAAACAAAUUCCUACAAAUGACUUAAUUUCUGACAAAGAUAUAGUCAUUUUCAAUUUUCAUCCUGCUUUUUUUGAUCUUCAAUCAAUGAACAUAUUCCUCCAUGAUCUUGAUCGAGCAUACUUUACAGGUCAACUGUCAAGCGAUGAUCAUAAUAAUCUACGUUAUCUCGAUUAUGCUAUCACUGAACGACAAAUGCCAAUGACUAAUACCAGUAUGUUUUGGCUUGAUACACUUCAUGAUUAUAAUUUGGAUCAGUUAUUAUCAUUACCAUUUGAUCGAUAUCUUCUUCCAAAUGAACAUCGAACAUACCGCGGAAUAUAUGUGUCUUUUGAUUUUAACAAAGAUCUUACGUAUCAUUUUAUUAAUUAUAGUUCAUCAAAUGGUAUUAUGCCUAUAACCGUAGCACUAGCUAUCUACUAUGUCUUUUUAUUCAAAUUGACUAAUGGAGAAAGAGAUUUAUGUAUUGGAAUGAAUACGGAUAUUCGGUGGAAAGACGAGUUAAAGACAAUCAUUGGGCUGUUUGAGAAUAUCAUUCCAUUGCGAUGUAAACUGAAUCCUCAUUGGUCUUUUUAUCAACUUAUAAAGUAUGUUCAAGACAUGAUAACAAAUAGUUUAGAGUAUUCUUAUUUUCCGCUUCAACGUAUUCUUCAUCAACAUCUACAUAUUUCAAAAUGUUCAUUUCUCGAUAUAUUCUUCAAUUUUCGAGUUAAUGAAAAUAAAAUGAUGAUUAGAGAUGUUCAACAUUGUGUUGUGCCUGUGUCAUACCAGAUUAAUGCAGAUGAAAUCAUGACUGAUUUCAACUUUGGUGUUGAUAUUUAUCAUGAUCCCAAUAUUAAUCAACUUUCAUGCACAAUUAAUGCAUCGCUUGAUUUAUUUGAUGUAGAAACAGUUGUGCAGAUUGCACAGCGAUUUCAUUCAAUAAUAGAACAAGUAUUUAAUGAAACAGAUGAUCGAAUAGAAAAAUCAAUCUUUGAAUUAUCGUUAAUAUUACCAGAUGAAAGAAUUUUAAAAGAAACAAUAAAUAAUACACGAAUGGUAUUUUCUUCUGCAUCUUUCAUUCAUCAUGAAUUUGCAUAUCAAGUAAUGAAAUAUCCACAAAAACUAGCUCUUGAACUUGAUGAUCAAUGUUUGACAUACUGCGAACUAUUAUAUUAUGCUCAAGUAUUAUCGUCCAAUCUUGUGAAUGAACAUAAUGUUGUUCCGGGUGACGUUAUCUGUCAAUGUGUAGAUCGAAGUUUAUCAGUGGUAAUUGGAAUGCUGUCAAUUGUGAUGUGUGGUAGUAUUUAUUGCCCAUUACCACCUCAUGAUUCGGAAGAUCGUAUGCAUUUAUUAUUACAAAACAUUCAAACUCGUCUUGUUCUUGUUCAUUAUAUGACAAAAUCUAAGUUUAAUGAUAACAUUAUUUCGCUUGAUAUUGAUUCCGUAUUAACUAAUAAAAAUAUUGACUAUAUAAUUCAUACAAAAGUAUCGAAUGACAUACCAAAAUCAAUUCAAAUUCAACAUUAUAAUUUUAUUACACAUAUUAAUUCUCUUACUCAUAUAGAUAUUCUUACAAAUAAAGAUACAAUCAUACAAAUGUCAUGUACUUCUAACAACGCACAUAUACCAGAAAUCUUAGGUGCCCUUUUAGUUGGAUCUGCUGUUAUAAUGCUACAUCCACAAGGUAAUAAAGAUAUUAUAUAUAUUUCAAACGUAUUACAACAAAAACAAGUUUCCUAUAUGCAAACUGUUCCAGAAUAUCUCAAAUAUAUAUUAGAAUUUGUACUAAAAUAUGAUUGUCUAAAGUUUAAUACGCUGCGAAAGAUAAAUAUUAGAAAUAACAUUAAUACAAUUCAGUCAAUUGAGAAAUUAUACAAUAAUUUGUGCAAGAACGUUCAUAUGUGGACUUCAUAUGGUUCAACAGAAACAGCGAUUGACUUCAUGUAUCAUUCUGUCGAUAUAAAUGAUAAAAAAACUAUUCUUCCAAUUAGAUAUCCACUUCCUAAUUAUAAAUGUAUCAUUCUUGAUGAAUUCUUACAAUCUGUGACAACCGGACAAAUAGGCGAAUUAUUUGUAAGAGGUGCAGGUACCUUCGCUGCUUAUCUUGGACACAAUGAUUUGACAAAAAGAGUAUUUGUUGAUAUUGAUCAUGAAUUAUUCUUUCGAACAGGUGAUCUUGCUCGAAUGGAUAAUAAAGGUCUUCUUUAUUAUAAAGCAAAAAAAGAUCAUCAAAGUAAACUACAUGGACAUUAUAUUGAUCUUAGUGAAAUUGAACAAUGUUUAUUUGAACACACAUUUGUCUCUGCAUGUGUUGUAAUUAUAUUGGAUGAUAAUUGUUUAGUUGCUUACAUUCAAAGUUCUGAUAUUGAUGAGAAUCAACUACGCGAACGUUGUCAAUCACGUUUGCCAUCCCAUAUGAUUCCAUCAGUAUUUGUUAUACUCGAACAAUUACCAUUAAAUGAAAAUGGAAAAAUAGAUCGAAAACUUCUACCCAAACAUCCCUUAUCUGCGAUGAUGAAUGUCAACCAAUCUAAUUUAUUAGUAUUAACACCACUUGAAAAAUCUUUGCGAUGUAUUUUUAGCAAAGUAUUUAAUAAUGAAUUACUAGAUGUAAAUACGCCGUUUGGAGAAAUAGGUGGUACAUCAUUGAAUGUGCUGCAUAUGAUCCGUCUUAUUCGUUACCAAAUUGGUGUUGAAAUUGAUCCUAAUCUCGUAUUUAAUUAUCCAUCAGUUCGACAGCUUGCACACGCGAUCAAACCAUUAUUAUCGUUAAACGAUGAAUUAUCAAUUAUAUCAGAGACCUCAUCAUCGACUGUAGAUCUAUUCGUGUAA